AUGUCCUUCUUGGGCCAGACGCUGCAAUGCGGCGCCAGCCUGCCGCGCAGCCAUGCAUUCCAGGCAGCCCGGCUCCCGGCCCGCCUGCCUGUGCGGGCUGUGGCGGCGGAUGCGGAGCAGGCCAGCGCGCCAGAGGCGGCAGCGGCGCCCGCACCUGCCCCGGCACCGCCGCUCCUGGCGCCGCCCUCCCGCAAGCCGCCCAUCUGGCGGGCGCCUCCCUCGGCCCGCACGCGAGCCUCCAAAGAGAAGUUUUUUGCUGAGCAGGCGGCUAACAGGCAGGAGGCUUACCACAAGCGGCAGGAGGAGCGGCAGGCAUCGCAGGGCGGCGGCGGCUACGCGGCAAAUGGUGCGGGCCGCCAGAGCGGCGGCGCCGGUACCCUAACAGACAAGCCAGACCGCACAGGCCGCUUUGAAGGCGGCGGCGGCUACGCUGGGCGCGGCGGAGGAGGCGGAGGCUACGCCGGACGCGGCGGCGGCGGCGGCUUUGCAGGCGGGCGUGGCGGCAGCGGCGGCAGCUUUGCAGGCGGGCGUGGCGGCGGCGGCGGCACCUAUGCGGGCGGGCGCGGCGGCGGCGGCGGCGGCUUUGCAGGCGGACGCGGCGGCGGCGGCGGCUAUGCUGGCGGGCGUGGCGGCGGCGCGACAGCCGCACCCACCACAGGCGGCGCCCAGACCGGCGGAUGGGCUGGCAGAGGCCAGAAGGGCGGCAGAGGCAGCGGCGGCGGCGGCAGCUGGAACGACAAGCGCAAGAAGGGCGAGAAAAUCAACAUUGAGAGCAGGCGCAAGGCGCGGCAGACGCGGCGCGAGGAGCGCGCCGAGGAGCGCGAGGCCAACAAGGCGGUGCGGGAGGACAUAUUUGAGGUGGGGGCCGAGGGCAUGACGGUGCAGGACCUGGCGGCCAUGCUGGCGCUGCCCGCCACCGAGAUCGUCAAGUUCCUGUUCAUGAAGGGAAUCAUGGUGCAGAUGAACUCCACCCUGGAUCCCGAGACGGUCAAGGCGGUGGGCGUGGGGUAUGGCGUGGAUGUGCUGGAUAUGGAUGAGAGCAGGCCCUCAGACGGUGCCCGCAAGUCGGUGGACUGGACCGAUGAGGAGGACGUCGGCUUCCUGCAGGCCCGCCCGCCGGUGGUGACUGUCAUGGGGCAUGUGGAUCACGGCAAGACCUCCCUGCUCGACUUCAUCCGCAAGACCAAGGUGGCGGCGGGCGAGGCGGGCGGCAUCACGCAGGCCAUCGGCGCCUAUACCUGCGACGUCAACUACAUGGGAGAGGCGCGGCAGGUCACCUUCCUGGACACCCCCGGCCAUGAGGUCAAGUCGAUGCGCAACAUGGCUGGGGAUGCCAGCGAGGCGGGGCCCAGCCUGGCGGUACAGAUGCUGGGCCUGAACAGCGUACCGCAGGCGGGCGACGAAUUCACAGUGUUUGAGACCGAGGCUGAGGCGCGCGGCGCGGCCGAGGCGAUCGAGGCGGCGCGGCGGCUGGAGCGGCUGGCGGAGAUGAGCGGCGGCGGCAACCGCGUCACCCUCUCCUCCCUGGCCUCCAUAGACGAGGACGGCGACCAGCAAGUGCAGCAGCGGCUGAGCCUCAUCCUCAAGGCGGACGCGUCUGGGUCGGUGGAGGCGGUACGCUCUGCGCUGGGCGCGCUGCCGCAGGACGCGGUACUGCUGCGGUACCUCAUGGCCGCCCCCGGCGAGAUCACCACCUCAGACAUCGACCUGGCCGCCGCCUCUGGAGGCAUGGUGCUGGGGUUCAACGUGGCGGUGACCGACGCGGUACAGGCUGCGGCCAAGCGCGUGGGCGUGGAGCUGCGCUCCUACUCCAUCAUCUACGACCUCAUCGACGACGUGCGGGCGGCCAUGGAGGGGCGCCUCAAGUCGGUCGAGGAGCGGCUGGCCAUCGGUACCGCCGAGGUGAAGGCGGUGUUUGGGUCGGGCAACCGCAAGGUGGCGGGCUGCCUGGUGACAGAUGGCACCUUGCGGCGCGGCGCCGUGGCUGUCGUCAAGCGCGGCAGGAAGGUGGUGGCAGAGGGCAAGCUGUUCUCUCUGCGCCGCGUGAAGGACGACGUCCGCGAGGUGUCCGCCGGCACUGAGUGCGGGCUGGCAGUGGAAGGAUUCAAGGACUGGGAGGCGGGCGACAAGAUCGAGGCGUUUGAGGUGGUGCAGAAGACGCUGAAGCUGGAGGAGGCCAAGGCGGCCACCGCAGACAUGUCUGCCAUGGAGGUCGGCACCGCCUGAGGCGCCGCAUGGCGCCAGAGGCCGGGGCGGGGCUGGAGCGGCGCCCGCGUGCUCCCUCCCCCCGUGCCUGCCUGUAUCUUUUACGAGUAACAGCUUCCCGUCACGCUGCGCCGCAGCCGCGCUGCCUCCUCGCUGGCGCGCCGCCAGACAAUUGUCUGAGCCGCGCUGUGUGCUGCCGCAUGCACCCAUGCUGCGAUGCGGCGGCCCCUGGUAUUGUUGCAGCCUGCUGCUGCUCCCCGACU